AUGGUUAUGAACACCACUAGCAAGGAAUUCCAAGCUCGAGUAAAUGUGUACAUCGAUGAUCUGUUGGCCCAAGUCAACAGAUUCGAGACAUCGAGGAAGUCUUGGACAAAACGAGAAAAGUGGAAUAACGUUGAGACCGGAGAAGUCUUGAGCCAACGAUUGUGCCCGGCACUCGCAGAACCCGAUCGCCAACCACAAACACGGAUCUCCAAUCCGAUUCCUUGGAACAUGCGAUACGCACCAAUGCUGAUCGGAGCAGAUAUGAUGGAAAAGAUCAACAAGAUGGGACAUGAAGUACAACUGGACCUAUUCAAGAAGAAACUGACAAUAGAAGAAUGCCUCAUAAACAUCAACUUCAUCACAGACGAGACGAAUUCCCGUUUCACACGGCUAACUCCCGUUUGA